UGAUCACGUGGUCUUGUUUAUGUCCGGUCUAUCUCUUAUCUGAAUAUACUGUACUCGAUACUGUUUGUGGCGUGUAUGUGUGCCAAACAGCGACCAAUCGGUCGUAUCAGGGGCGAAACCGUCCCAAUUGCGAGAUAAAAGUCCCGUUAUUCCCAGUUAUCGGUUUCUCCUCAUUAUUCGAAAAUCCCUGCUCGACCCGAGCACAUCCGAAUCGAGCCGAACAUACUUUUCACUAGAGCAGUCGCCAUUGAACGAUAGAAGAUUGAACGGCCAUUUUCAUGUGUAGGGAGUGCUCGACGGCUCGAAAAUCGCGUUUUAUAUAAUUUUUCUGUACGGAAAAAUUAUCGAAAUCAUUAGUUCGUGACACUUAUGGCUUGUUUAAAUACUCUUAAACACGAAAUAAGGACUUUAGAAUCGAUAUUUUCGAAGAACCAUGAUCGCUUUCAGAUCGUCUCUGCCAGUGUUGAUGAGUUAAGCUGUAGGUUUAUAGGAAAAAACGGUAAAAAAUAUGCAAUCCACGCGAAUAUUACGGAAACCUAUCCGUCGGUGCCCCCCGUUUGGUUUGCCGACUCGGAAGAAACAAGUAUAACAAAUGCUGUGCAAAUUCUGAGCAACACUGAAGGCCUGGACAACCAUGUCCUCCAUCAAGUGAUCAUAUUACUUAAGGAACUCUGUAGGUUGCAUGCAGUGCCUGAACCCCCUGAUUUGGACAGACUGCACAUUAUCAAUUCCCAGACCAAUCGUAUAACGACCAGAUCAUCGACCACGUCCGAGCCGAUGGAGGAUGAAGGUCUGGACAGCGAUGCAGGCGGCAGCGACGCCGAAGAGGACGAAGACGAAGAAGAAGUUGAAACUGAUGAUGCCGACGAAGAAUUGGCCAUGGAUAUGGAGGAGGGCAGGCCCAAAGCGGACGAGAUGGGUGUCGAGCACUUGGCUACACUUGAAAGGCUCAGGCAGAACCAGAGACAGGAUUAUCUCAAGGGUUCCGUGUCAGGUUCGGUCCAAGCAACCGAUCGGCUGAUGAAAGAGCUGCGCGACAUCUACCGUUCGGACUCGUUCAAAAACAAAAUGUACCAGAUCGAACUAGUAAACGAUUCGUUGUACGAAUGGAAUGUUAGACUGAUGUCUGUGGAUCCGGACAGCCCGCUAAGCCACGAUCUGGCCGUGCUGAAAGAGAAGGAGGGCAAGGAUGCGAUAUUGCUCAAUAUGCUCUUCAAAGACACCUACCCGUUUGAACCGCCGUUCGUCAGGGUGGUACAUCCCAUUAUUUCAGGGGGUUACGUGUUGGUGGGAGGUGCAAUCUGCAUGGAACUGCUGACGAAGCAAGGUUGGUCAAGCGCGUACACUGUGGAGGCGGUGAUCAUGCAGAUAUCGGCCACACUGGUCAAAGGUAAAGCGAGGAUCCAGUUCGGAGGAGCGGCCAAGGUGUGCAGCCAACACGGUGGACAAUACAGUCUCGCUAGGGCUCAACAGAGUUUCAAGAGUCUCGUGCAAAUACACGAAAAGAACGGAUGGUUCACUCCCCCAAAGGAAGACGGCUAAGCCGACGUCAGACUGUGCCAACCUACAACAAAAAAAACACCAACCCUCCGUGUAGAGUCCCUUAUUUUUGUUUGUUCUUUGCCGUAAAUCAACUGUCGUAUCGGAUGUUAAUGUCUUGAAUCCCUCAAAAAUAUCCCCUUAUUAAAGAUUGAUUUGACUUAGUGCCUACAGGUUAUUUUACAUUCGCUUCUAUCGGGCAACUAAAACGGUUUCAACAAAGUAUUGGAGAUACUUUAGAACGUGUGAUUACGACGGGUCAAAUCUGAUGGGUUGAUGUUGAUUGACCUAUAAACUGUAGGCUUUUCAGAGACAUAAAGGUCUUCAAAUGAAAUCCGGCUUGUAUAUUUGGUCUACCUCACAAUACGUUGGUCGAGAAAGCAGAUAUUUUCGAACUAUUACCAAUUAUUAUCGUACCUUAUAUUUGCAAUUACGUAUUAAAAUAAUGCAAUAGGAAUCCUGUAAUCUAGAUUAUCUAGAUUACAGGAUAUCACUGUUAAUUGCUCUCAUAUUUUCUGCGCAAAACGAACAUGUUUUUCUAUCAGUCACGAGAUGUUUUCCUGUCCCUUUAAAAUGCACAUUACUUGCAUUCGUACAAAUGCGAAGGAUAAAAUAACGUUUAACAUUUCCAUUUUCGUGUUUGUCAGUUGUGUCGGAUAUCAGCGAUGUACCGAGUGGUCACGCAAUAUCUUUGUUUAAAUAUACUCUUCUAGGCUAAAGAGAUUGUCUAAAGCAAUUAUACACUCACUCGUUUGACAUAUUUCAGGAUACAUCAUUUUAGCAAUGGUUCCAUAUCCAUUAUUGCUUAUUAAUUCAUUUCCAAUGAGCAGUUAAAAGUGCCGGUAGCCUAAGGCGCAAUCCACACAGAACGGGCGUGUGGUGGUGGCGUGGGACUGGCGUGGUGCGGUAGAGGAACAGACGUGGCGCGUUCAAUUCACACUGAAAUGUCAGAACUCAGUUUCCCUCAAUGCGUGGAUCACGGAGUGACGACUGACGAUGCUUUCGGAUUACGAAGAUGAUCAAGAUAUGUUAGACCUUCUCAAUUUAGCUAACAUACAAAGGCAAAGGAGAUACUGGAUACAUCCUUUGUGGCUAGAUAAAGGGAAAACUAGUAGUUCGUUCAACGUUAUGCGGGAGCUCAAUAUGUACCCUGAACGUUUUCAAAGUUUCUAUCGAAUGUCCAGUCAAUGUUUUUAUAAAAUACUGGCAUUAGUAAGGGUAGAUCUUGAAAAGAAAUCAACAAAUUGGAGAGAACCGGUCAGUCCAGAUGAGAGGCUGUUAAUACCGCUGAGGUAAGUUGAAAAAAUAUAUUAAAGUAAAUUGAAUUAACUCAAAUAAAAGAAAACAUAAAAUCAGUAAUAUCAGGUAUUAAUUAUUGUAUCGUAUAAACUCAGUCAUAUUGAAAGGGUCGUUGGUUUGCGGUUGAACCUGGGUUUCUAUUCACCGAAUCUUCAACCCAAGAUUGAGAACCAUCCAUUGGUGGAGUAGUAGCUUCCAGAUUUGUUGAGGAUAGUAUUUGCUCGGCCAAAUUUAAAAUGCCCAUUUUGAAACGCCGUUUCUGGUUAGAGUUCAUAGACUUCAUGUCGGGCAGAACACUGUGUAAAAAUGCCAGGUUAGGAUCAGGAGGAUCAACUGUGGUAUUUGUUUUCGUGACGUUCUGGAUCUCCAGUACUUUUUGUUUUUUCUCAAAAUACUGAAAAGCUUGCUGGUUGACAUCAUUUAUAGAGGUUGCUAACUUCUUUUUUUUUUUAAAUCAUCUCCUUUCCGUGAUGGUGUUUUAGGUGCUUUCAUUGUUAACAGGUGAUCAUCGACAGAAGUACUGGGAGAUGGUAUAGGUGCAUGCGUGGAUAGAAUGUAAUCGGGUGAUUGAACCUCAGUGUUGCCGUUUUCUUCAUAUUCAUUAGCAUCUGUUUCCCCAUCAGCUGAUAAUGCAGACUCUUCAGCUAUGUUGCCUUUGCUUUUGCGAGACUUCAAGAAAGGAUCCAAGAAGAGGAGAUGUGGGGCCAGAUAACAUUCUUUGACUCGUUGAGCUCCUUGUCCUGAUUUGGUUUGUAGUUUUGCCCUAUAUUUUGAAUAGCUUCCUCGUAUAUUCUUCCAGCGGUCUUUACACUCGGAUACUGAAACAAAAACAAAAAUUAUACAUUUAAAUAUACGUUAAAACAAAAUACUGGUCUGUAUAAAGUGAACAUCGAUUGCCUAUUUUCAGGUACUUCGCGACUGGAUGUUCAUUCAAAGCCCUUUCCUUCUACUUCCUGAAAGGUCAUUGUACUACACAAGAGAUUGUGCAUCACACUGCCCAAGUCAUAUGGAAGAAAUUACAACCUGUCUAUAUGCCAAAACCUACACAAUGAAUUGUGGAAUCUUCCCAACUGUAUUGGUAGCGUAGAUGGCAAACAUAUUCGAAUAAAAGCACCACCGCGGUCAGGAUCUGCUUUCAUCAACUAUAAAGGGUUUUUUCUAUUGUCUUACUUGAUGUGGCAGAUGCAGAUGGCCUAUUUCUAACAAUCGAUGUAGGUGAAUUCGGACGCAAUAGCGUUGAAGGAACGACGACGUCUGAAUAUACCUGAACCAGCUGCAUUACUUGGAGAAAUGCAUCCAUCAAUUCCCUACUUUUUGUAGACGAUGAGGCUUUUCCUCUAUCCUCAAAUUUAAUGAGACCCUUCUCUCGAAGAGAGUUGAUAAGUCACGAACGAAAGAUUUUUAAUGUCAGAUGUUCCAGAGCACGGAAAUCAGUGGAAUGCGCUUUUGGUAUGCUUACAACAAAGUUCGGGCUUCUACAAACACUUAUUCGAUGUGAUCCUACUAAAGUUAAUGAUCUAAUUCAAGCAAUGUGUGUGUUGCACAACGCGAUUAAGGAGUGUGAUGGCACAUUCUCAAGGCCCCAAUAUGAAAACGUUAUUGUUGCCGAUUCCACUCCAGUACAAUUAAUACAAAACCAUAGAGAUAUGAGAAUUUACCUCAGCAACUAUUUUAAAGACCGCGCACCAAUUCCUCAUCAGGAUAGAUACUGCGUAUGAAUGGAAUCAGAUACUCUGUAAUAUAAACAAAUCAAUAAACAUGUACCUACUUACCAUUUGCACUGAUUUUUUUUUGAUAUUUGUUCCCAUGCCUGGUCUUGUGCACUUCUGUUGCAGUAAUCCGAUCGUCUGUAAUCAUAUAGAACUGCAUAAUGUUCCACUAGUUCACAGAACUCGAUAUUAAAUUGAAAAUCGUCCCGCAUUUUGAUUAGCAAACACCAAAAAUCAACAAAAGUAGCUGUCAGGUGUAUGGCAUUUGCCACUAAUGUAGGCCACUCGUGGUGUCGAAGUGGUACGGCGGUGGCGCGAAUUAUUUCGCCGGUGCCACAUCACUUCUGUCUGUAUUGCUGCAUAAACGAACAUGUGAUGACACAUGCCCCUGCCACGCCAGACCCUCGCCACCACCACGCGCCCGUUCUGUGUGGAUUGCGCCUAAGAAGCUUCUUUGUAACCCACAUUGUAACUAAGUCUCUGACCAACUCAUCUCUUGAGACUCAUGCUUUUGCAUUACCUAAACGCUAGUAGCAUGUGGCUGUAAUCUCAACAAAACUAUCACUAUCAUCAAACAACUGUAAGAUAAUAAAUUUUUAUUAUCGUUUCGGAUUUCAUGAGAGGUAACCUUCUACAUAAACAUAGAAAUGUUCUAGGCCAGUGUUCAGUGUCCACUUUCUUGAUGAAAAAGUGCAAUGUCAUUGUUUGAAGUUAUUAUAUUUUUUCUUGUUUUGAUUGAAAUGUUUUUUGAACAUGUUUUGUUGCUAUGAAACUAGCAAUACAUGGAAAAUUUGCUUAAAUUGUUUCAUGAAAACCAGAGUCUUCUAUUUUGACAGUGACAUGUUACAGGAAUACUAGUAGUGAUCAAUGGACGCAUUUUACUAAUUCCAAGCAAAAAGUUUGAUAUGGGUAAUCAUUCUGAUUUGUAUUCAAAAAUGUUAUAAGGAAUGAGUCAAUAAAAUUUCCAUUGUCAGAUAUUUUUACUUCUCACGCCUUACUGGCCAGGAAGCUCUGUCCGCUAAUCCUUGGACCGCCUAUAACUUCGAAAGUGCUGAUCGGACUUGGAUGAAAUUUUCGCACACGGUUACUACUAUGCCAAGGACUGUUUUUGAAAAUCGAUCCAGUGGCAGCUAAAAAAAUGCCAAAAAAGAAAAAAGUAAAAAUAGCUUCGUGUUUCCAAGUUCCAAUAGGGGUAACAAAUUUUGGGGUAGGAAGGGUAUAUCUCAGUUUUUUGAGUAUAUUGCUUCGUUUGAACAUAAUCCUUCAUGAACUGAUGACGGCGUUGCGUGGGAAGUGCAGAGUCAACCUAGACGUCAUUUUUUCUGCUACCUGAGUCUCGCUGUAUUUAUUAUUAAUCUGUUAUUUGCCUUUGUGCAAGACUUAUCCUCACUUCAAUAAAUCAUUACUAAUAUCGGGACAUUUUUUAAUAAUAGCAUUGAGGAGUUUAUAGGCCGUAAAGGAAUUCGUCAUCUGUAACCAAUAGUUAGUAAAACUGUUUACAACUCAGUACUUACCUCUGUUGAACAUUUUGCUGGACAAAAUUGCUUACUAUAGUGGAUCUAUUCAUUAAUUUUAUGUACACUGGUAUUUUUGAAUGUGAUAACAAAUGGCUAACUUAUAUAGAUGUGAUUUCAUAUUAUCUAUCUUAAUACCAAUAUUAAUCGAGGUUCAUGUGGUUGGUAUUAUUUACGUUCAGAAUGACCUUCUGUGCAGAUGAGGUCUGAACUCGAACUGACUGACUGUUAGGAUUGUAUUACUUAAUAUUAAGAUAAAUUUUCAAUACAUUUGAAUCUGAAAUUUUCGUGUUUUAUUUCAAAACGGCAUUCUUGCAGGUAGGUAACCAAAAUAGCAAAAUCCAGAUUUUUCAAUCUAUUUUGCAGAAACGUUUGCUUUUGGCAAAACUAGUGAGGUGCAAUACCACUUUCACUAUCUAGCACUAUAUUUCAGUAAGUUAGCUAUUUCCUUGAUGCAAGUAACACUGAAUUAUUAAUAAAACUUGGAGUUGCUCCCUUAGUCCAUUAUCGUUGAAAGAUCGUUUAUUGUUCACAUGGUAUAUAUCAGCAAGGUAAUUUUUAUCAACUUAUAUAACAUAAAAACUAGUUUUACCAACAAAGUUAACUAACAUGGCUGAAAAUAUAAUUCAAAAGAUAUAAAAUCCAUCAUUUUAACUUAACUCUGUAACAUAAUUUGAACCAAAAAUUUUGCAUCAAUUUAGAAAUCUCUCUGUUUUCUUGAACAGUUUGUAUAUCUGUGUUUUACAAGCAAUUUGGCCCUGGAUUAAUUUGAAGCUGUGAACUUGUGUCAGUUUUGUAUACCAUAUUCCAUACUAGGACGCUUCGUAUUUUUCUGAAGCUUUAGAACCAUAGUAUGGUAUUGUUUGUACAAAUGAUUCUCUUGCUUAUGAACGAUCUAUGGCACAAAUUUUUAUGUAAUAAGGAUUAGUUUAGUUUAUUCUAGCCAACUGGUAAGAGUUCUACCGUGGAGUUUAGCAUGAUUAGCUUUUUUGAAACUUUUUUUCAUUUUUAAAUGGGAGCAAUGGCUAUUUUUGCACUUUUUCUAAUUUUCGCUAUAUUUGGUUUUCAUGACUUGUGGUAACCACAGCAACAUUCUUUUUUUUGUACUAGCCAAAUUUCAUGUAAAAUUAUAUUACUUUUUCAUUUUUACAUUAGAACCUUGCCACUUGGCUUACUUAUACACCGUUUAUAAUUUGUAACAUUGUAAAUAUAUACCGUAAUGUUUAGUAAAAUGAUUGUGAUUUAUUCUCAUUUUUUUUUUUUCAUGUACAAGAGUUUUUUAAAACUUGCAGCUCGGUGUACUUGUGUAGAUAUGUUAUUCCUGAAGUAGCUCAUAAGAUGCUCGCUAAGGCAAAGUCACAAUUACCCUCAAAAUUUCAAAUCAAUUUAUUUUUGUCCAGUAUGAAAUCACAUCUUGAGAAGUUAAAAUUGUCAUGUUAACAAAGAGAUAGUAUUCCUACAAUCAACGUUUUUUUCUAGAUCAAGCAUCAUACUGGAUCAUUACUAUCAGUAUUGGGAUUUUACAAAAACUAAAAGUACAACGUUGUCAAUUUAUAAUUGAACUGACUUAAAUAAAUGCAAAUCAAGAAUAACAGGUCUGCAGUAACAUUAGCUGUUUUCGUUCUUUGGCUCUUGUAUGUUUCUACGUUUUCGUAAUUAUUUUUAUGUUAGAAAUGUGACAAAGAGUUACUUCAACUUGGCUCGUCCCUAUCCCUAGUUUAUCGUUAGCCUUAAAUCUUAGUUUAUUGGCAGAAGUUAUCAGAAGAUGUGUAUAUAAAAUACUGUGUAUUCUGUUCGGCUGUAUCUUAUCCACUCUUUAAUCUGUUUGUAUGUGCUUUAGUUAAGGUCAAUAAACUACUAUUAUUAUAAAUUUGUUUGUUUGAAGAUUUAGUGAGCAUUAAUGCUACAAUGUCAAUUUUGUAUAAUUAUACUUUUACACAUUUUUCGAAUGAAUUUACUGUAAUUUUACGUUCUUGUCUAUUAAAAUUAGGGUAUUUAUGGUGA